GUUAGUCUAUUUGCCUUUUCGAGGUUUUAGCCCCAAGGCACAAGGUGACGCACGGAAUUUCUGUGGUUUUGGACUUGGACUAGGGCGCAUUCGACGAAAGAAUUAUUGGAAAAAUUUACACAACAGGGACUCUUUCGGAAAGAGAAAAUGCCUUCUUCUAAUCCAGUGUACCAGCCUACUACAGUCACAUAUGAAAGGCACAAAGAAUGGUCAACCAGCUACAUCACUGAACGUGUAUUUCCUGGCUGCUACCAAAAGCCACACCUUCAACGGUUACUGCUUGUUGGUGCCAUACUUCUAGCCAUUUUAGGAUUGGGUCUUGCAAUUUAUGCCUUGGUCAACGAUGUCAACACACAUAAGGAUGAAUCUGCAGAUGUUGAACUCAUGCCAACAUUUGAUGACAACUCAGAUGAGAAUAUUGAACAAGAGGAAGUUCCAGAAACAAAUGAAUCACAUGAUCAUGAAACAAAUGUCAUACUUGGAUCGAUUGGCAUAUGUUUGAUCCUCAUUAGUCUUGUGAUGUAUGUGGUAUUUCUUCAGCUAAAAGGGAUGUGUCGGGGAAUUUUGCCACAGCAUCACAGUCAAAGAUCUGGAAACCUGAAUACUUCUGCUGGACAACCUGUUCACAGUGAAACCAGCCAUCAGACAGCUAUUAGCUACAAGGGAGUACAGCAAGAACCAGGUGCACUGAAUCUUGAGCCUGCUGCUCCAAUUGAAGAGGAGAGACACUCUCUAAUGGACAGUAAAUUUCAGAGUGAGGAUACAGAGCGGAUGAUGGACGACGAUCCACGUAUCGUUCUUAAGCCACUCCGCACGGCGGAAGAGGCCUAGAUCGAACAAAGCAAAAAGAAAUCCACCACUAAAAAUCACGUUCAUCCCAUACCUUCAUACUAAGCACCGAAGCUGAAGCCCCUCCGAUUCCCAAACGUAGCCGCAGCACGCCAAGCCGCUUCUGCAAGCGAGGCCGGAUCGGCGCUCCUCUAGCUUCUACAGAAACUCUUUCCCCUUCGCUAGCAUCUUCAUUCUGUUCGGACAUAAUCUUCUUUGACGACCAGUCCAGUUGUCAUGGCGACAUGGAUGAAUCGAGUUAUUCGCAGGUGCCCUCGUUAUAUUUACAGCCUUCGCCUGUACCUAGCCAUAGCGGAGGUCAUAGCGUUUGAUUCGCAAUCGUAGUCGCGUCCCUUGCUACGGUUCAUCUCCACCACAUCCCCUUACUUUCACUAAUUUUCUAAUUACCGUUGCCUUGAAAUGAUUCUUGAAAUUGUUUCCACUCUCAAAAUUUGCGUGAAUUUCUCAGUGUUUUAACAUUUUGUAUUUUUCCUAAUAUGAUGCAGCUUGUCUUUUCGUCUCCCAUUUUCACUAAUCUCGCACAAAGGCAAAUUUUUGCCUGAUGGGUUCUACUAAUAAUGGGUACAUCGGGUUAUUUUUCUCGUUGCGUUAAAUGUCGUUUGUUUCUUGAUCGUGUUCUCUAAAUAUAGGCAGAUAGCAGUA